UCAUUUACUGCUUUGUUUAUAAUUUUUACCGGGGGGGAAAAACAGCUUUGUUUAUAGAGAUGUCUUCUUCGUUCGAUCGUCUUCGGUUCAUGUUAGCUCGACACACUCACACUCCUUUCAGUUGCUACGAUCGACUGCAGGUAAAGACGAGAGACCGGAGCUUGGUAGAAGGUUGCUGAAAGUUGAUCGUUGACCCUAAAAAUCGCUAUUACAUGGAUGCGACCGUUGCUUUAAUGCUUAUAGAAGCUUCAAUGAUCGUACUGGGUUUAUUAAUUUCUAAAGCUAUAAGAUUCAUCUCUCCCUCAGUUCAUGACUGCGGUUGUAAAGAUGCUGCCGCUUCAAUUUCAACGGUUUCUUCCCCUUCUCAUACUAGGGUAGCUUCUCCUGCUACCAAGUAUGAUGUAUUCCUUAGCUUUAGAGGGGAAGACACUCGUGACAAUUUCACAAGUUAUCUCUAUGGAGCACUUUGCAAUGCAAACAUUCAUACUUUUAUGGAUCACAAACUUGACAAAGGAGAUCAGAUUUCACCAAUUCUCUUGAGAACAAUAAAGGAAUCCAAGAUAUCUGUGAUUAUUUUCUCGGAAGAUUAUGCUUCCUCAACGUGGUGUAUGGAUGAGCUUAUUCACAUAUUGGAAUGUAAGGAUAAAUAUGGAAGGAUUGUAGUGCCGAUUUUCUACAAGGUAGAUCCAUCAAAUAUACGGAAACAAAGUGGGAGUUUUGGAGAUGGAUUUGCUAAACUUGAGCAAAGAUUUAAAGACAACCAAGUUAGAUUGCAGAAGUGGAGGGAAGCUUUGAUCCAAUCAACAAGUCAGUCUGGAUGGGAUUCAAAGAAUAUCAGGCCUGAACCCAAACUUAUUAAGAAGAUUGUCAAAGACAUCUUGGGCAAGUUGAAACAUAAGUCAUUGGGUCAUUUUGAGGGACUAGUUGGGAUUGAUCAUCAUAUUGAAAAUAUUGAAGAACUUUUAUCCAAGGCUCGCAUUGUGGGAAUAUGGGGCAUGGCUGGUGCAGGCAAGACGACACUUGCUAAAGCUCUUUUUCAAAAGUUGAGAGCAAAAUUUGAAGCUUCCUCCUUUGUUGAAAAUGUAAGAGAACGAGCCAAGAUUGGAUUGGACAAGUUACAAAGAAAAUGUGUUAAAGAAUUAUUGAAGGACAAAGAGAUUGACACAUAUGACAUAAAAUCGUCUUUUGUGAAGAGUAGACUACAACGCAAAAAAAUUCUUUUGAUACUUGAUGAUGUGGACAACUCAAUAAUGGCUGAAGAUUUGACAAAGGUGUGUGAUUGGUUUGGGAAUGGAAGUAGAAUUAUUAUCACAUCAAGAGACAUGCAAGUGCUUAAAAAUGCUUCUGCAUCUAAUGCUUAUCAUAUUCCACCAAUGAAUUUCCAUGAUGCCUUUCAUCUCUUCAGUUUGAAAGCGUUCAAGCAAAAUGAGCCAUUCAAAACUUAUGCAAACUUAUCAAAAUCAGUAGUGGAUUAUUGUCAAGGAAAUCCAUUAGCCUUGGUAGUGCUGGGCUGCUUUCUUCAUGGCCGAGGAAAAAAAGAGUGGGAAAGUACUCUGGAAAAAUUAAAAGAAGCUCUACAUGAGGACAUUUUUAAUGUUCUGAAAUUGAGUUUUGAUGGACUUGGUAGCAAACAGAGGCAUGUGUUUCUUGACCUAGCAUUUUUCUUGAGUGAAGCAUGGAACAAGAUUUCUGUAGAGGAUUGCACAAGACAUUUAUAUGGUUCUUCUGUACAUAUUGACAUAUGUGUUCUUAGAGAAAGAUCCCUCAUUUCAAUUGAUGAUAAAGGUUAUAUUGAGAUGCAUGCUCUUGUGAAGGAGAUGGGCCUUGAAAUUUCUGCACAACAAUUAAUGACUAACGCUAAAAGACCAGUACGACUGUGGAGGCACGAGGAUAUUUAUAAUUUUUUCAUCAAUAACAAGGGGACUGAGGCAAUUCAAUGCAUAUCUUUAGAUGUUAGUAAGAUAAAGAGAAUUACAUUGAAGGCUAGUAAUUUUCAAAAGAUGUAUAAUUUAAUAUUUCUUAAAUUGUACAAAUCUGAAGAAAAGCCUUCAAAAGUGAAUAUUCUAGGGGAUCUGGAUAAUCUUCCAGAAGGAUUGAAAUUCUUCUGUUGGGAAGAAUGUCCUCUACCAUCUGUGCCAUUAAGCAUCUGUGCGGAGAAUCUUGUUCAUCUUAAAUUACCUAACAGUAAUCUUAGACAACUUUGGGAUGGAGAUCAACAUUUUCCAAACUUACAGUCGAUUGAUCUAAGAGAAUCAAAACACCUGACUGGACUCCCAGAUCUUUCUCAGGCCCCAAAUCUUGAAAGGAUAAGUGCAAGUGAUUGUUCAAAUUUGGGUCAAAUUCAUUCUUCAGUUGCCUUGGGAAAGCUUGCCAAUGUAUUUCUCCAAUUUUGCGGUGUGCCAACGCAUGUAAACAUCGGUGGGACUAUCAAAGGGACAAGUUCUGGGUUUGUAGCUGCCUACAACUAUUUGGAUCUUCGCCACUAUUCAUUCAAUGCAGUCAAAGUGAAGCUCUUCAUAUCUGAUGAUGGCAGUAUCAUCUCUGGUCUUCGAUUCAAGCACGUAGCAGUGCCAUUCGUGAAGAAAUCAAAGAGGGACAACUCUAUUGGGAUAAUGAUAGAUCAAAUGCACUGUACACAAAGAUUGGCCUCUCUGCUUCCAUUUGUGAAUAAAGUUUAUUGGUCAGAUGGUCCGAUUGAUUUUGGGAAUUUCAAGCAACAUUUUAACCAUGUGCAUGCUAAUGUAGCGUGCUUUCCUGCUGAGAAAAGUAAAAUGGAUGUGAAGAGAGUGACUGUGAGACGGAAAGCACAAGGUGGCAUGGUCAUGCCUUUGAGAAGAGAAGUGGCUAGUGGUAAUGAAGAGAAGGAGUUAAUAGGAGAGGUGCGAUGUUGUAGCAACAGCAAUACACUAACAGCAUUGAUGAGAAAUCAAGUGGUUCAUGAUUAUGAAGAUCAAGAGGAUGAGUUAACGGGAGAAGUGGAACUUUGCGGUGACAGGAGUGAUAAUAAUACAUUAGAAAGAGUACUGGUUCCUAAGAACAUUACUCGAUGGUCUUUAUUGUCCAAAUUGACAUUGAGGAAGAGGGAUAUUAUUGGGAAUGAAGCUUGGAGGAGCGUCCCAGAACUGUCGAUUCUGAAAGCACUUGCACAAUCUGGUUGUUGCAGAAUGUUUGAACCUAUGAUAGAUCUGACGCUCUCUUUGGAUGCUCCAGAGAGCCGUUGGUGUGCCCGUAAAUUUGCCGUCUAUCAUUCCCCAGAAUGGAUUAGAGGCAAGUAUGAGUUUGUAUCUGGUGUGGCAAUCCGUAUUCUUGAGAGUAGUGUUGUUUUAGUGUUUUGGGAUUAUGCUAUGCACUUAUAAGUAGCAUUUCACAGAUUUCAUCGUAUUAUGUUUUUUUUAAAAAAAAAAUUACAGGCCCUUAUUUAUAUACCACCGUCGCGCGCAGCUACUAUCUAGCCGGAAACAACUUGGUUGAUAUCAUGAAUUCAGUAUUAGAAUUGAGAUGGCGUGUAUUUUCAUUAAGGACUGUUUAUUUGUUCACUGAUCA